UCGUCUCUCUCACUCUCGCAUACCGAUGAGUUUAUGCUUACGUUUACAAUUGCGGCAAGUGGUAUGCCAAAAUCGUUAUUGUUGCUGUGUCGGCUAUCGUAAGUAGCCGAAAGCAAUUAUACGAAAAGAAAAGUAUCAUUUACGUAAAACUAAGAUAGAUCUAUAUGCGGAAAACAUAACAUGAUAAAAUAGUCGAGAUGCGGGGAACUUGUGUUAUUUACAGCAUAAUUUGCAUCUUGAUAUCUAUUACAUAUGCACACGAUUUUCGGAAUUUCGAUGAUACAGUUAUAUUUAAAAUCAAUUGGCCCGGAAAGAGCAACACAGAGUUGUUAGAAUCUCACUCAAACGUAGAGCCAUAUUUCAUAACUACAGCGAAUAAUGAACGAUAUAAGUGCAUAAUUCCCGAUACAAUAGAACAAGAAAAUGAUUACAGUGAGUCGUACAUCGGGCCAAAUCCAAUACAACUUUUGCAACCGAUAUUUGCCCAAAACAGUUGCUCUUACAGGCUGGAGUCAUAUUGGACCUAUGAAUUAUGCCACGGUCGAUAUGUUCGGCAAUACCACGAAGACAGAGAAGGAAAGAAACUCAAAAUGCAAGAGUAUUAUCUUGGUACCCUGGAUAAAGCACAAAAGAUGAAGCUUUCUGCAGCUUAUGACGAACAGGCGAAGAAUCCUAAUAGGAAAUUAAAUAUACCAAUUAAGAAAAUUGAUGGAAUUAAUAUGCCGUACGUUGAAGUUGAAAUGACCGAUGGGACAAUUUGCGAUUUGAAUAAUAAACCAAGAAGUAUCAAAGUGUUAUAUAUCUGUUAUAAACAUGGAAAGCAUGAUGUGUAUUCACUCAAGGAAACUGUGUCUUGCGAGUACGAAGCGAUAAUACUUUCACCGGUACUAUGUACUCAUCCAGAUUACAAACCUCAAGACACGGGAGAAAAUGAAAUCACGUGUUUACCUGUUGGCAAUGCACCUAAGAAGCCAAAAUCACUUAUGUCAAUGGAAUUAGAAAGUCUAAAAAUGCGACAUCAACAAACGAGGGAUGAGAAGCAGCAGAAAGUGUAUGCAAUUAUCCAUGUAGAUAAGGAGGGCCAGGAUGGUGAGCCGAGGGUAAGAGUUGAGAUACAUCCGUUGGAUGUUACAGACAAGCACGGCAAUAUUGAUGAAUCUAUCAACGCGUUGACUGAUCAGAGUAUCAGUCCUGCCGAAGUUAGCCCCAUACAGAAUUUCCUCAGUGGGAAAAACUGCCUGCACGGGGGCAACAGUUGGUGGAAGUAUGAGUUCUGCUACGGACGUUCCGUCGCCCAGUAUCACAUAGAAAAGGACGGUACAAAGACGAUUAUUAAUCUUGGUAGAUUCGACAAAGAGAAACAUUUGGAGUGGAUAGCUACGCAUCCGCACAAAAAACCCAAGUCGCUAGAGUUAAGGAAACAUCUCUCACACUUUUACAGCGAUGGCAGUAACUGUGAUAAGACUGGAACUCCCAGGCAAACUGAAGUAAAACUGAAAUGCGUGGAGAACCACACGGCGAGCCCAUCUAGUGUAUCAUUAUUUUUGUUGGAACCAAAAACUUGUGAAUACGUUCUAGGAGUUGAAUCACCAUUGAUCUGUGAUAUAUUGGAAUAUGCCGAUGAAAAUGGACUUCUGAGUGAGAAAUUCGAAGCGAAUUUCGAUAAAUUGAAAUCUACAGCUUCGCAUGCGGAGCAAGACAGUUUAUAUGAACGAAUAGUUAACGAGGAAGAUUAGAACGCGAUUAUAUCCCUUUUUUAAUUAAUUAAAAGUGAUUAAAGUUGUUAUUAAUUGUUUA